CAGGCAGCGGGCCACCAGGCGGAGCAGCGGGCCCCGGGCCCCCAGGCGGAGCAGCAGGCACCGGGCCCCCAGGCGGGGUUACAGGCAUCGGGCCCCCAGACGGGGCACAGGCAUCGGGCCCCCAGGCGGAGCGGCGGGCGCCGGGCCACCAGGCGGGCGGCGGGCGCCGGGCCCCCAGGAGGGGCGACAGGCAUCGGGCCCCCAGGCGGGGUGACAGGCAUCGGGCCCCCAGACGGGGGCGACAGGCAUCGGGCCCCAGGCGGGGGCGACAGGCAUCGGACCCCCCGGCGGAGCGGCAUGGGCGCCGGACCCCCAGGCGGAGCGACAGGCGGAGCGACAGGCACCGGGUCACCAGGCACGACAGAGGGCUCCGAGUCAACUGGCAUGACCGCUGGCACUGGGUCAGACAAUGGAUCGUCUGGCUGGACAGCGGGCAUCGGGUCACCAGGCAUCAGGUCACUUGGCUCG